AACACAAUAUGUGUUUGUUGAUAUUGCUAAGCAUAGUUACUUAUUGAGUGUUUAGGUUUUGUAAAUCUAUAUACAUAUUAAGUAGGAACUGAAAUAGUAUUUUUCAAACAAAAGAUACAUACUAUUGGUUACAACGUACAUCCCCAAAACAGGUGGACUUUGUCAUGGGGGAUUUUGAAAAAUCUUUCAGCAUUUUAAAAUAAAAUGUCACUUGUUUGUCAUAGGUUUUCUUCUAUAUGCUUGUUAUGGAUGGCUGCUGGUAUUACGAAUUUCCAAAUAUUCCCAAGAAGAACUGUUACUACAAGAUAUUCUGAGUGGGAGAAUGCUUUACCCUUUGAACAAGUACCAGGCCCUAAAAGUUUUCCAUUAAUAGGAAACGUUUGGCGUUUUCUGCCCAUAAUCGGAGACUUGUACAAACUGGACACAACUGAACUACACGUGGAAUUAAACAGAAAAUUUGGUGAUAUUGUUAAACUCGAUGGUAUUCCAGGGAAAGGACCACUAGUGUUUCUUUCAGAUCCAAGGGAUCUAGCUAAGGUAUUCCAUUCAGAGGGAGAAUAUCCAGUGAGAGAUGCAAUGCAGUCGACUAAGUAUUACCGAGAACAUGUCCAUCCGUAUCCUUACACAAAAGUGGGUCACUUGGUCGAUCAGGGUUGUAAGUGGAAGAAGUUCCGUACAAGAGUCAAUCAGCUGAUGAUGAAGCAGAGCAACAUUGAUAUGUACCAAGAAGCAGUGACAGAAGUUACCAAUGAUUUUGUUCACAGAAUACUGCAAGUAAGAAACUGUAGCAAUGAAACUGAUAAAGAUUUCAUCGGAGAAUUACGAAAAUGGGCUCUUGAAGUUUUAGGAGUGGUAGCUCUUGAUCACAGAUUUGGAUGUCUCCAAGGCACAUUGAGCAGGGAAGCACAGGAGAUAAUGAAGGCAGUGGAGAACUUUCACCAGGUUACAUAUAGUUUGGACACACAGCCUCUACCUCUGUGGCAGUAUUUCUCUACCUCUGACUUCAGUACAAUGGUGUCAGCAUUGGAUCAUCUGCAUGGUGUUUCAGAGGAAUAUGUGGCACGUGCAGAACGGAGACUGCAAACAAAAGAGGAGAUCAGGAGUAUUCUGGAGAAGUUGGUGGGACAGGGAGCAGAUGGGAAAGAUGUAGCAGUGGUCCUGGCAGUGGACAUGUUCUUGGCAGGAGUGGAAAUUAUAGCGGCAAUGUCAGCCACACUGUUGUAUGCCUUGGCUAAACACCCGGAGAGUCAACAGUGGCUGUUUGAACAUAUCAGCUUCAGAACUCAUCAACAGGCUUUACCGUUCCUGCAAGCUUUCAUCAAGGAGACUAUGAGAUUGUGGCCCGUGGCUAUUGGCACCUUACGAACCCCUGAUAAAGAUUUGGUACUCUCAGGAUACAGGAUCCCAAAAGGGAGUUUGUUGCUGACCAGUAAUUACAUAAUGUGUCGCAAUCCUAAGUAUUUCAAAAAUCCACUACACUUCAGGCCUGAGCGUUGGCUGAGUUCUGAACGACUCGAGUACAGUCAGUUUGCAUUUGCUCCUUUCGGGAUUGGAGUUCGUUCUUGUGUUGGGAGGAGAAUAGCCAUGCUGGAACUUGAAACCUUUCUCCUGAACAUUGUUAACAACUUUAAAAUAGAAUACAAUUAUGAAGAUGUGAAAUUCGAGUCGAAGUUCUUGAAUGUUAUCAGCUCACCCCUGCAACUGACGUUUAUAGACAGAGCUUCAAUCUAGGCUAAAACUGUCUACAACAACAAGUAGGAGAAACACAGAUAUGUGAAUAACCCUUUCAAAGCUAAGAUCAUAAUUUUAUUAUGUAUAUACAAGUACACGAAUGUUAUUAUAGUUUUUAGUAAUAGUGCUGCUAAAAUAAAGCUGAAAUUGUGUACACUUCUUUCGUGAGAUGAAUGUCUCGCAAACUUUUCUAAGUUUAGUGCUGUCAAUGUCCACAGUUUCACUUUUAUCAUGUCUUUUGGGUUUUCAUUUCUUCUAUAUCGUUAAAAUGAUCAAGGUCAGAUGAUUAAGGUGAAGAUAUAAUGUUGAUUAAUAUGCAAAAAAAUCAACGCACUAAGAUAGUUGUUUUUUAAUUUGUUUUGAAGUUGAAAGAAAUGUUAAAGCUCAAAUUCCUCAACGAUGAUUUUUAUUUACAAAUUUCACUACAAAUCUAAAUAAACUGAUCAUAAAGCUAUGUAAAUUUUCUAUAAUGGUAAUGGCUUUCUGGUUUGGUGUAAUGGUUUCCGUUGUAUAUCAAUCUUUAAGUACAAUUUUUUCAACUUGGAAAUGGUUUAUUAUUAAACAACAUGUUAUUUUUAAAACAAAAAAACCAAUUCUAAGCUUAUGGUUUUCCUGUAGCACUAUCCUUUUAAGCCAUCUUCAACACAGAACAGUUAAAAAAUACUUGCAGCAACCUCAAUAAAAAUAUCUACUAAAAUCUAUCACAACAAGGAGGAAAUAAAUGAUUUCUUAAUAAGACUGACUUUGGGUGGACAUAACCUUCCCAGGGCAAUGCUGUUUACUACAUUGGACUCAGAACCAGUUGUGUGACAGUUGCAUACCAGGAUAAUCAGCCGUCGACGCUAUUCCAGGAUCUGUCGAGUAACAUUUUAUACAUAAUCUAUCCAAAUAAAUGUUAUUUUUAUAAUAAGUA